AUGGAUGCCUCGAUGGGGAAGAAAAAGAAGACGAGGAAACGAUCCGCUCCUCAAUCCGAUGAAGAUCCUCCCAGUGCAAUCAUGGUGACGGACACUGGUAUGCUCUGCUUUCCUUCACAGGGACUAUGAAGGCGCUGAACCCAUCUUCAGUUCAUCAUGCCGAAUUCUUCGCCAUCUUUUCUUUGAAAAAAACGAUUUUUCUGGACGAUCUGUAGAGAAAAGAAAUUAAUUUUUGGGUCGGAAAAUGCUGUCAUAUAAAAUAGCUUGAGAGUACAGAGAUAAAUGUUGAUGCAGAGCUGGCGAUGCACGAGCCUGAUGGCCAGUAUGAUGUGAAUGAGCCGACGAUGGGAGAGAAGCUCGCGGACCUGACCCUUCUUGGCGAUGCGGGAGGCCAUGAUCCUGCUCAGGAAGAUCCCCCCUCAGAAGUGAAGCCCCCGAGUGCAGAUUCGAUGUACCUACUGCUCAAGCAGGCUCUUCGUGCAGAGGAUCACGCCCUGCUGCUGAAUUGCCUGUACACCAGGGAUGAACAGGUGCCAGCUUUGCCCUCCUGAAAGAUCUGUGGAAUCUCAUGGGUUGACUCUCCAUAGUUGUCAGAAUCAAGGCAAAAUGUUGUUCUUUGAUGAUGAUGAUGAUGAUGAUGGCGAUGGUCGUAAUGAUUUCAUUUGCUUUCUUCGGAAAAAAAAGCUUCAUAGUUUCUGCUUAUCAGAAAUCGUGUUUAUUUUUCUCAGGUGAUUAGAAAUUCAGUCUCCUCUUUAAAUCCGUCGGACGCGCUCAGGCUCUUGGACUCCCUCAUCUCCAUGCUCCAGUCAAGGUCGGUCCCUCAUCGUCUGAUCCGAGCUUCUUCCUGAUCCGAUCAAAAAUCUGAUCUCUCUCUCUCUCUGGUGCGGAUGAGCAGGGGGGCGGUGCUGGUCUGCUGCAUUCCCUGGCUGAGGAGCCUCCUCGUCCAGCAUGCGAGCAGCAUAAUCUCCCAACCCUCCUCCCCCUCCACCCUCAAUUCUCUGUACCAGGCGAGUCAAUCCUCUCAGUACACUUCUGCUAUUUCUUUUUAUUUCUGUCUGAAAACAUUUUUUUUUAUAGAACCCUAAAAUUGAUCUGGACCAUUUGAUGAUUCCUCCCCUCCCGCAGCUCAUCGAUUCGAGGGUUUCGACAUUUGGGUCGGCGCUCCGGCUGUCCGCCUGCCUGGACAACGUCUUCGCCGGCGUAAGAAUCUCCGGCUGGCUGCUCGUGAACUCGGAUAUGAGAUCGAAGGGCUGCUCUCUGAUGAGCGCCCUGUUCUUGGCAGGUUCCGGACUUGGACGAUGGCGAGGAAGAAGAGGAGGUGAAGCCUGUGAUCUUCGAGGACAGGGACAGCGAGGAGGAAGGCACAGCAGAGAGUGACGACGACGAGGAGGACGAGGAGGAUUUGGGGGCUGUCAUCGACUUCCCCCACGGCUCCAAUCGCGGCGAUGCCGUGCUCGACAGCGGCGAUGACGACGAUGAUGAUGAUGGUGAUAUCUAG